UCCAAAAUUACAGAUCCAAGAAAACAAAAACCCUAAUUUUGUUCUUGGUUCUGAGAAAGAGUAAACAAUGGAGAAGUGUUGGAUUAGGGUUUGGAUCGUCCUCGUAGGUUGUCUGCUUCCAGUUCUUGUCCAAUCCAGAGUUCGACAUUACCAGUUCAAUGUUGUGAUGAAGAACACGACACGUCUGUGCUCCACAAAAAGCAUUGUCACAGUCAAUGGAAAAUUUCCCGGCCCAACUGUUUAUGCCAGGGAAGAUGACAAUUUGCUUAUUAGGGUUAUCAAUCGUGUCAAAUACAAUGUCACAAUCCACUGGCACGGCAUACGGCAGCUCCGCAACGGCUGGGCCGACGGACCGGCUUACAUAACCCAAUGCCCGGUCCAGCCGGGUCACAGCUACGUGUACAAUUUCAACGUGACCGGCCAGCGUGGCACGCUUUGGUGGCACGCGCAUAUCUCGUGGCUACGUGUCACCGUCCACGGCGCGAUUGUUAUACUCCCGAAGCUCGGCGUGGCUUACCCGUUCCCCAAGCCGGACCGGGAAGCCGUCGUUGUGCUCGGCGAGUGGUGGAAAGCCGACACCGAAGCCGUCAUAAAUCAGGCUAUGAAAUCCGGCUUGGCGCCGAACGUGUCCGACGCCCACACUAUAAAUGGCCAUCCGGGCGGCGGCGGAGGCGGCUGCGCCGCCGCCGGCGGUUAUCAGCUCAGCGUUGCGCCGGGUAAAACGUACUUGCUUCGGCUCGUCAACGCUGCGCUCAAUGAAGAGCUGUUUUUCAAAAUCGCGGGACAUAAAUUAACGGUGGUCGAAGUUGACGCCGUUUACGUCAAGCCGUUUAAAACUGACGUCGUCGUUAUCGCGCCGGGGCAGACGACUAACGUCGUCGUCGCGGCGGAUCAGGCCGCCGGAAAAUACAUGGUGGCGGCGUCGACGUUCAUGGACACGCCGGUGGUGGCGAUCGACAACACAACCGCCACCGCGACGCUGCACUACUCCGGAACUCUAUCGAAUUCCCCGACGGCGCCGGUAACAACGCCGCCGCCGAACGCCACCGCCGUCGCGGCCAAGUUCGCGAAUUCUCUCCGCAGCCUGAAUUCCCCAAAAUACCCCGCGAAAGUUCCGGCGACCGUCGACCAUUCUCUGGUCAUCACCGUCGGCUUAGGCGUCAAUCCUUGCCGCACGUGCGCCGCCGGAAACUUCAGCCGCGUCGUCGCCGCCAUGAAUAAUAUCACAUUCGUUAUGCCGGCGACCGCCAUUCUUCAGGCGCACGUGCUCGGAAUCAAUGGAGUUUUCACCGCCGAUUUUCCGGGGAACCCGCCGGUGGCGUACAAUUACACCGGCAAACCGCCGGCGAAUAUCUCGACGAGAAAAGGUACAAAACUGUACCGGCUGCCGUACAACGCCUCCGUUCAGGUCGUCCUUCAGGACACCGGAAUUAUUGCGCCGGAGACCCACCCGAUUCACCUCCAUGGAUUCAAUUUCUUCGUGGUGGGGAAAGGAUUGGGGAAUUUUAACCCUAAAAUUGAUCCACAGAAUUUCAAUUUAAUCGAUCCUGUGGAGAGGAACACCAUUGCCGUCCCCACCGGAGGUUGGGUGGCGCUCCGAUUCCUCGCCGACAAUCCAGGGGUUUGGUUUAUGCAUUGCCAUUUCGAAGUUCAUACGUCGUGGGGACUGAAAAUGGCGUUUUUGGUGGACAAUGGGAAUGGCCCUGGAGAAUCCAUUAUUCCUCCCCCAAAGGAUCUGCCAAAGUGCUGAAUCUAUGCCACAGAUUGUUACCUUUUUGUAUUUUAUUUUGUUUUUUGGUUAUUAUUGUAACCUUUUUUUUUUUUUUUUUAAUACGAGAAUCUUGAAAAUUAAAGUCGAAGCAAAAAAGAAGAACAAAAUUCAAAGCAGAAAAUCAUGUAGUUAAAGAAAGUGAAUUUUUGUCAACCCAAUAAUUAUAUAUAAAGAUUUGAUUGUAACUGUUUCAUCUAUUGAAUGAUAUAUAAUAAUUUUAUAUAUAUAGUUGAGUA